AACGUUGCUGCCGAAAGGAAUUGUGGGAAAGAUCCAAUCGUGAGGUUUGCUCGGGAGUAAUCUACGGUAAAGGCUGCUUAAAGGUCGCACGCAGCCACCUUUCCGGAGCCUUGGUAGAACUCGAAUGACGCUAUGCUUCAAGUACUUCCGGUUCAUUUCACCCGGAUAGGAUAGAACAGGAAAUGAAUUUUCCGAGGCAAAAAAACACCCCGAGGUUUCGAAGAGGGCGCCGGUGAUGUUCUUUGACUCGUUUUCAUCUGUCAAGUUCUAUUUUGAAUACGACGACUAUUUAUGCUCAGUCGAGCACGCGAAAAUGACGGAGAUGGUAUCAGAGUCGAGCGAAGAGCAGACAAAUGGAGUUUGGGAGAUGAUGGAGCUGCUGGACAUCGACGUGCUGGAGGAGGAACGAGCGGAGGAGCCGGACGAUGCGCCGCAGGCCCCCCUUUCAGUAAAUAUAGCAGCGAUGGGCGUGCUGGCUCCCCUCCGUUCGCCGCCGCGGGUGUUUGGCCGUUGAUGACAGAAGCGCUUGUGUGCCGUGUGCGUGGUCAGAAGAACGCGUCGAGGAAGCAGCGGCACUGGGAGAGGACGCUGGCCGCCAGGAAGAGCAAGAGACGAGAGGAGAAACGCAGGAGGAGGCUCAAUCGGCACUCGGAAGUAGAAGGAGACGCGGCGCGCCGUCAGCUCACCAAGCGGGACGCGAAGGCCGCCAUCCGAGAGCGUUUGGCCGAGGCUCGCGUCAGUGGCCUCAAAGUGUGCGUUGACCUCAGCAUGAGCCACCGCAUGUCCGACAAGGAGACGAGCCGACUGGCAGCUCAGUUGCGGCGGCUGUACGGAUCCAACAGAAGGGCGAGCAAACCCUUCCGUUUGUUUCUGACCGGCCUUCGGGAGGACAGUCGCCUCCUGGCUGAGUGCGUGCGCAUGAACGACGGCUUCCUCGACUACGCGCUGGAACGAACGGAGCAAAGCUGCCUGGACGUUUUCCCAGCAGAAAGCGUCGUCUACCUCUCGCCCGACGCCCAAGAAGGUUAUCGAGCGGGAAGGUGGCUUGCCGAAGCCCCCGGCGGCCGCGCUCAACACUUCCGCUGUGUCCUUUCAGCUUUGGAGCGAGUGGACGGCGACACGGUGUACGUCCUCGGAGGCCUCGUGGACGAAAGCGUGCAAAAGGCGCUGAGCCUGUCCCGGGCCGAAGAGCUGGGCGUCCGCGCGGCCAGGCUGCCGAUAGACGAGCACAUGCGGAAGACGCCCAACGCCAAGAACUUCCACUCCAAGAUCUUGGCCGUCAAUCAAGUCUUUGACAUCCUGCUGGCCGCGUACCACACGGGCAGCUGGACGCUGGCGCUGGACAAGUGCUUCCCCCGGAGCAAAGGUUAUGCGGUCGCUCCGCAGGGCCACCUCGCCAGCGGCCAAUGAAGACUCGUGGUUCUCACUUUCAACACUUUAGUUUUUUUGUUUUUAAUUUGAGCUCCUGCCGGCGAAUAAAAAUCGCAACGAUUGCUCGACGA